AUGGUUGUGAGCCACCAUGUGGUUGCUGGGAUUUGCACUCAGGACCUCUGGAAGAGCAGUCAGUACUCUCAACAGCUGAGCCAUCUCUCCAGCUCCAAUCCCUUCCACUUUUUAAGGUGUUGCGACCUACAGGUUGAGACUCUAUUAGACUCUUGUAUAUCUUCCUGUGUCAAUUGAACUCACACUAACAGGCGAACGAGCUAGACACACACCAUCACCUGUCUGUGAGAAGUGGGCAUAAUCAGGGGUAGUGGACCUUGGGAGCUAACUCAGCCUGGGAACCAGAAAGGCUAACUUUAGGAGGUGCCCUUGCCAGAGGUUAAAUUGGAUCAUGCGCACUGCGCCACUGGGAUCAACUGCUGCGUGUGGUUCCCUCUGCGCAUGCGCAGCUCUGGCCCUCGUCCGUCAGGUCUCCGAAGCACUCGCUCAGGAUCGUGACCCGGGAGUGGUGAUGUCGCGGUGGGCAGCGGCCACACUCUCUCCAGGACUAGAUCGGCGGCUCAUGUUGUGUGUGUGUCGCAGACCCGCCUCGUGCAACUCUGGAGAAGGGAUUCACCAAAUUGAGAAAGUGCGGACUGUCUGAGGUCUGCGACCAUGAAGGUCAAAGUCAUCCCGGUACUUGAAGACAACUACAUGUAUCUGAUCAUUGAGGAACACACGCGGGAGGCCGUAGCUGUAGACGUGGCUGUGGCCAAGAGGCUGCUGGAGAUUGCUGGCCGCGAGGGAGUAUCUCUGACCACGGUGCUGUCCACCCAUCAUCACUGGGACCACACACGUGGAAAUGCGGAGCUUGCACACCUACGGCCAGGAUUGGCUAUCAUGGGAGCAGAUGAGCGCAUCUGUGCACUAACCCGAAGGCUGGAACACGGAGAAGAGCUUCAGUUUGGGGCCAUCCACGUGCGAUGCCUCUUGACGCCGGGCCACACCUCUGGCCACAUGAGCUACUUCCUGUGGGAGGAUGAAUGCCCGGACCCACCAGCCCUCUUCUCUGGUACCUUGCAGCCUGGACUCGUCCACCUACCCAAUUCCAUUGUGCCCUCCCUACCCCCUGCUGACCCUCUUUGCUCCCUAGGGGAUGCUCUGUCAGUGGCAGGCUGUGGCUGGCACCUGGAGGACACUGCCCAGCAGAUGUACCAGAGCUUGGCCAAGAUUCUGGGUACCCUUCCACUCCAGACGGUGUUCUGUGGUCAUGAGCAUACGCUGAGCAAUCUCGAGUUUGCACAGAAAGUGGAGCCCAGCAACAACCAUGUGCAAGCUAAGCUGACCUGGGCCCAGAAGAGGGAUGAUGAUGAUAUACCUACUGUACCAUCGACACUGGGCGAGGAGCUCAUGUACAACCCUUUCCUAAGGGUAACAGAGGAUCCAGUUCGUGUGUUCACAGGCCAGGUGGCACCAGCCCAGGUCCUGGAGGUACUCUGCAGGGAGCGAGCGCGCUUCCAGCUGGCUCUGGAGCCACCACAGCCCCAGGUUCGGGCACUCCUGGCCUUACAGUGGGGGCUCCUGGGCACACGCCAGGAAAAGUGAACUGGCUCCCCUGGACCUCAGGAUGACUGGAAUCCCAGCCCCCAGAACCUUCGGAGCCCCUGCCACCCUGCUCUGAAGAACCAGCAAGUGGUGCCUUCCUUGUCUCUACUGCUCAUGGAGCUGUACAAGUGGGAUCUGUAGGAGCUCUUGUGGGUCCAGAGACAUAUCCUGGGGACUGAAUAAAACUCUGAAAGGC